CCCCCGGCGCGGCGGGUUGGUCCGUCCCCCCCGGUGGCUCCGCCCCCGCGCCCCCCGCGGUGUAGUGGCCGUUGCCGGUGGCCGGCGGCGCAGAGCGGAGCGGAGCCCGCUCGGGACGCGCCCCCACGGCGGCGGCUGGGACGGGGGCGGCCGGUGCUACCACAGCGGCGGCCCCAUGUUCUCCCCCAGCCAGGAGGAGCUGUGCGCGCUGAACAAGGAGCCCGUCAAGUACGGGGAGCUGGUGGUGCUGGGGUAUAAUGGAUCCCUCCCUAAUGGUGACAGGGGGCGCAGGAAAAGCAGAUUUGCCCUUUAUAAGCGACCUAAGGCAAAUGGAGUUAAACCCAGCACUGUUCAUGUCAUCUCCACUCCUCAAGCAUCAAAGGAGCACCAGAGACCUCCCCAGGGUUUGAGAUCCCUUCCUUCGUUGUCAAACAGACACAGAGGAAAAAGUUUUGAGACCACAGCUCAGUGUCCUGGCAGGUCACAGAGUGCAAUCAGCGCAAAAGGUCACCACAGUAUCUCUUUCACAUUAUCCAGGAGCCAGACAGUUAUAGUGGAAUAUAUUCAUGAUAAAGAUACAGACAUGUUUCAGGUUGGGAGGUCUACAGAAAGCCCUAUAGACUUUGUAGUAACAGAUACUAUUUCAGGAAAUCAAAAUAAUGAUGAAGCCCAGAUUACCCAGAGCACCAUCUCCCGAUUUGCCUGCAGGAUUGUUUGUGACAGGAGCCCACCAUACACAGCAAGGAUCUUUGCAGCUGGCUUUGACUCGUCUAAAAAUAUAUUUCUUGGUGAAAAAGCAGCCAAAUGGAAAAACCCCGAUGGCCACAUGGAUGGAUUGACAACCAACGGGGUGCUGGUGAUGCACCCCAAGGGAGGCUUCACAGAGGAGUCCAAGCCCGGGGUGUGGCGGGAGAUCUCCGUCUGCGGGGACGUCUACACGCUCCGGGAGACCCGCUCUGCCCAGCAGAGAGGAAAACUGGUAGAGAACGAGACCAACGUGCUGCAGGACGGCUCUCUGAUCGACCUGUGCGGGGCCACGCUGCUGUGGCGCACGGCGGACGGGCUGCUGCUCACGCCCACGCAGAAGCACAUCGAGGCGCUGCGGCAGGAGAUCAACGCGGCGCGGCCGCAGUGCCCCGUGGGGCUCAACACCCUGGCCUUCCCCAGCAUCAACCGCAAGGACGUGCUGGAGGAGAAGCAGCCCUGGGCCUACCUCAGCUGCGGCCACGUGCACGGCUACCACAACUGGGGCCACCGCAGCGACACGGAGGCCAACGAGCGCGAGUGCCCCAUGUGCAGAACCGUGGGCCCCUACGUGCCGCUGUGGCUGGGCUGCGAGGCCGGGUUCUACGUGGACGCCGGGCCCCCCACGCACGCCUUCGCGCCCUGCGGCCACGUGUGCUCCGAGAAAUCCGCCAAGUACUGGUCGCAGAUCCCGCUGCCCCACGGGACUCACGCCUUCCACGCCGCCUGCCCCUUCUGCGCCACGCAGCUGGCCGGGGACAACGGCUGCGUCAAGCUCAUCUUCCAGGGCCCCAUCGACUGAGACACGGCUUGGCCACAAUAAAAGUGUUUUCUUUAACGGUUUACUGUGAAGAUUUUUGCCACUAACUCUAGGUUUUACCUUUUUUUAUAAUGUUGUUAAUAGGGGGUGGUGGGGUGGGGAUGGGGGAGGCGAUGAGGAAACGUGGUGGAGUUGGGAUACAUUGAUACCUGGAAGUUGACAGAUAUCAGUGGUGUUGCAUGCUCAAAAGCAGCAUAUUCAUGGAGUCUUCUUGGUCAAAUUGUAGUAUAUUUGUAAUCUUUUUAUUAGUACCCUGGAUCAGAAAAAAAGGUGUCUUAAAUGAUUUUUUUAAGCUAAGGUUUUUUAAUGGAAAGGUUUUUUCUUCUAAACUUUGACAAGCCUUUAAAACCUAUUUUUCAAAUCUAGAAGGAACAUACAGAAUGUAACUGUCUUUAAUUUGCAAUAUAAUUUAACUUGAAUAGUUUCUCAAGGAGCAAAUGCAGAAUGUGUGGACAGCCAUAGGUGAAUGUUCACUAGAGAUAAUUGGAUAUGUAAGAGAAAAAUUAGCUGCCUAAAGUGUAGAGGAUAAAAGCUAUUAAAAUAUCUAUUAUGGUAUAACACAGCUGGCCAAAAAGGCAUCAAAGAUUACUUGAAACUGAGGAAAUCCUGUUUGCAUUGAUUUCCUUUCAGUGUAGUAGAUAUCCACUGGCUAUUAGGUAUGGGAAAUGGCUGAUUAUUUUCUGUCUUUUUUUUUUUUUUUCCAUUUAACCUGCAUCUGGUGAAACCACUUUACUCUUUUCCAUUCUUAGCCCUGGGGUUUAAGCUGAUGUUCUGUGUAUGUGCAGUCUGGCCUUUUUAUUUCUGCUUUACUUACCCAGCACCUUUGGGUGAGUGGAGGCCAGAGAGUCCCAGAAUGGUUUGGGUUGGAAGGGACUUUAAAGCUCACCUCAUUCCUGCCAUGGCAGGGACACCUUCCACUGUCCCAGGCUGCUCCAAGCCCUGUCCAGCCUGGCUUGGACACUCCCAGGGAUCCAGGGGCAGCCACAGCUGCUCUGGGCACCCUGAUGGAGCCAGAAAUGUGUCCAGGCUUUACUGCAGUGCUGAAGGGCUGGUGCCACAGCACAGCAUGAGGUUCAGGUACUGCUGGUACAGAAUUUAUUUACAUAAACCUGAAUUCAGGAAAGCACUUAGUCUGUGUUUAAAUACAAGCCCACGGCUGGGACUGUUUAGAUUCUCAAGAGCUUCAGUGCAUUGCGGUUAUUUGCUGUUAUGUUUUGAAAUAAAAAAAAAGCAAUUUAAAAUAAAUUAUUUUAAGCUCACUUUAAAGCAUUUUCACUAGAAGGGAGAGCAUCAUUUCUAGUUCAGCUGAGCAUUUUUGUUCACUUUUCAACUUGCUGCCAUCUGUCACCUUUUCUUUUGCAGAUUGAGUUGUGUUUGUAUCUCUUUCUUCCCCCCAAAUGUUUGCAAAUCAAACAACAUUCAAAUGUAAUCAAAUAUAUGCACCAGGGUGGUACAUCUGAAGUGGAUCACUUGAAAUUCGUGACUUUUUAAGAGAGCUGAUAAAUGUUUACUAUGGAAAUAAUUAAAUCAGAAUUUCAUAUGAGGUGUACCCUGCCCACUGUUAGACUCAUUUCAUGCAGAAUGAUAACACUUUGAUUUGUGGGUUUCUUUUUUUUUUUUUUAGGCUUUCUGUAUUCUUGGUAUCUGAGGUAUCAAUCUAUCCAGGUUUAAAAAAAAAAAUAAUUUGGGAGAAAUCUAUAACAUCUCUAGAGGAAAUUGAUCAUUCAAGCUCAGUUCUGUUUAAUCAACUAUAGCUUUUUGCUAUAUUUGUGCCCUUUGUAUAAAUAUAUAAUUUAUAUGAUUUUAAUAUAUUCUGUAUAUAUAUAUACUUGAAUUGGCCUGUUCAUAUUUUGGUUGUAAAAUUGUUUUAUAGUUAACCUUAUAAACAUUUUACAUGUCCCUUGCCAAUGGUGAUGGGAUGGACUUUGUCUGCUGCUGUUUUUAAUAUGAUUUUGCUGUAUACAUGUUCAGCAUUUUAAUAAUUUGAAAAUAGCUUUACUUUUCUUUUUAUGCUUUUGCUGUCUUAAAAAAAAUAUAUAUAUAUAUAACUCUGCAGCAUUUUUUUUCUAAAAAUCCCAAACUGUACAGUUUUUUUGUCCCACUCAGUGAUUGGAAACAGGAUAAACCUUGUUAACCCUACAACUCUAUGCUUCUUCCUAGUGCCUUUUCAAAGAGAUCCUCUUGUGAUUCCAUAUUCCAGGUCCUUACUCUCACAAGGCAACCUUGGAGAGUGGCAGCCCAGCCAGGUGGGGCAAGAAACACCUUUGGCCUUCAGUUGUGGACGUGGAGGUGCCCGUGCAGGUUCCUCAGGUCCCAAGUGCAGCAUCAUUCCUGGUUAACAGAUACCUCACCUGGAGAGGCAGCCUCACCCCCUCCCUGCUGGACUCUGCAAGGCUUCACCUGCUGCUGGAAGAGAAGCUCAGGACUCGCCUGCAGGAGCUGCUCCUGCCCUGGAGCUCUGUGUGCACCAUUCCCAGCUCUGCUCACCCUGGGCUGAGCUGAGCAGGGUGUGCACAUGGUGGUGUCUCCUCUGACCCCCUCCCUCCCCCAGCUGCUUGGCUCCUUCCCUUCACCAGUGCAGUUUAAUUGCUGCUUCAGGGCUUCAUAUCCCAUCCUGUUCCCUGUGGAGAGUGAAUGUAUGCUGUUGGAAGAAUCCUCUCUGGAAACAGCACACCACCAGGCUUGCUGUGUUUGGCUUGUGUGAAGCAGAACUCUGGAUAAUGGUUUGUAUCCAAGGGAAGUGUCUGUUCAAAACUGUUUAAGCAAGAUUUUUUUUUUUGUUUCCUCUUCUUUUGCUGUCAGCAGUUCUGUAUAACACAAGGAGUACUGCAGGAAGGAAAACUCCCAGAAUCCCAGAACAGUCAAGGCUGGAAGUGACUACAGGGGCUCAUCUGGUGCUCCUCUGUGCUCAGGAAGGGCCAUCCUGGGGCACAGGAUUGUGUCCACAUGGCUCUGGAAUAUCCCAGUAAUGGAGACUCCACCUGUCUGGUCUGUGUUCAGGGCUUGGUCACUGCACAGGGAACUUCUUCAUGUUCAGGUGGAACCUGUGGGCAUCAGUUCCUCUUAUCCCACAGUGCAGAGCCUGGUCCAUCCUCUCUGCACCCCCUUUAGAUAUUUACACACAUUGAUGAGGUUCCCUCUGCUGUCUCCUCUCAGGGCUGAGCAUGCCCAGCUCCUUCAGCCUUUCCUCCCUCCCUCCAUCCUCGUGGGAGGAUUUGCCCUCUGCUGUUCCUGCUCCAGCAUCUCCAGCAUCCAUCUGUGUCCCUCCUGUCCUGAGGAGCCCAGAACUGGGCACAGCACUCUGGGUGUGCCUCACAGGGCUGAGCAGAGGGGCAGGAUUCUUUGCUGGGAAGCAAUUUUCCAAAGCUUGUGUGGAAUUCAGGGACUUUGCUGUUCAAAUCCAGGGUCAGUCUCACAGAGUUGGAUUUGCUGGGGAGACAGAAGAGUUUGUGACAUGAUUUUCCUCAAACCCUUCUCUGGUGAAAUGAUGGAGCAUUCAGCUCUUAGCCCUCACCUUCCCUCAGCUCCAUAAGCACCUUCUCUGUACCUCAAUAGAAAAAAGGAUUUUUGUGGAUAAAUAAAACUGGAGUCAGUAAACUUGAGAACCACCCUCAAGUUUAUUCAUUAUUUCAGUGUUAUGAUGUUCCUUGCAUCCCCUUUCCAAUGCUGGCAAUGUAUUCCACGAGGAUUUUUUUAUCACCUGUUACUGUUGAUUCUAUUUGAAUGCCUCAAAAGCAGCUUUGACUGCAUAACUUAGAACUAAAAGUAUUUUUCUAGUCUGAUUUUUUUUUUAAAAAGAUUAUAUUUGUCAUAGCCAUGCAGGCUGGAGCUGAAACACUUCCCUUUUUCCUGGCAGCUUUUGGAGAACACUGAAGUCUAAAUAAAAUGAGUGGUGAAUGUUGUUCUUACAGCAUUAUUGUCCAGUUGUACAGGAGAGCUCACACAAGACUGUGUUUUGCUCAUUAAUUUUUUUCAAAUGUGAUCACUUUAUGCAUCAGGGUACAGUCGUAGUGCUGUACAGGCUGAGUAAUUAAAGAAGAAUCUUUUUUUUCCACUAUGAGGGUGGGAAUGGGGAUCAGAAGAGAUGAAAGCCAUGGCUGAGCUGGUUCCAGGAGGGACAGAUCCACCUUGAAGCAAAGGUGUGCCAGGAACUGCUUGGAAAUGUGACUGGAGCUGUCCUCAUCCAUGCUCUGAAAAGGAUUCUCCUCAGUUUGUCAGGAAAUUCUGGGAUGCUGUGGAAAGCCUGUGCCCUUCCCAGUGAGACACUGCUUGGUGUUUUAAGGGCAGUUCCUGGAAUUUGAGGAGCCAGAGAUGCUGAGUGUGUGGUAGUGAGAACCUGCAAUGGAACUGUGAACAGAACUGAAUUGUAUUUUAGUGCUCACACCACUCCUAGGAAAGCUGUGCUCACUCUCCUUUAGUGCUCUUGCAGUAGCUGGUGACUUCCUCACCAUCUUUUCAUUCUUCUGGAAGUGGAAGGAAACUUCUCCAAGACCAUCAUGUUUCUGUUCCUCCAUCCUACAGUCUUAACCCUUUCCUGGGGUUGGAGAACCACCGGUAGUGACCUGGCUGUGGUGAGGACAGGCAGCAUUUAAAUCCAUUUUCAGCCUGGUAGGAAAACUGACCUUGCUCUUCCUUCUCAUUUCCUCAGUUUUUCACCUUCCUAUGAGUCCUUGGCUCCUCAUUUUCUAUUUAUCCACACAGUUUCAGGUACACAAAUAAAUAUAGUUUGGAAGGAAACAAAACACAACCUGGGGUUGCAGUGUCUUUUUACAAUUUUACAAUUCUGCACACGGUGAUGUGAGUGGAAAGGACAAACAGAAGGUAAGGCUGGUUUUGGGGGGUGGGGGUGGAGAGGGGGUAGUUUCUAGGAUGGAAUCAGUGGCUCUGCAAACUGUCCCACUGAGUGGGAAGAGCAGUGGAGUGACCCUGGACAGGCAGUAAAGGUGGAGCUUGACUGCCUGAGCUGCUCAGUUUUCAUUUAUUGGCAGCAGAACUAAAACAGGAGCUGCUUGGACACCCAAACACCAGAAAAAGCAGUGUCUGUCCAGAUUCCCUCGAUGAGCAUUUCCACUUUCCUGGUGGCCCAGCCAGUCUGAAGUCACCUGAAGCCCCCCCUGCUGCUGUGCUGGGGAUUUGGGGUGGGGAUGGCUCUGCCCUUGGGUCAGAUCCAGCAUGGAAAAGCCUCUCCCACAGCGAGCCCUGGGUGAUGUUUACCUUCAAAACAGUGUGAGCAGCUGUUCAACUUCUGGGUAUAUUUGUAAAAUCUGUCUUUUUAUACACCGUGUGAAAUGGACUGGAAUAAUUUCUUUUGCUGUUGUACCUGUGGAAGUACAAGCCAUUUUACAGGAAAAAAAAAAUUAUAAAAUGAAUUAAAAUAUUAUCUCA